AUGAGGAUGGCUGCAGUGUGUGCUCCAUCUCAUGCAAACUUGAUGCAGCUCUUGGGUCCCUUUCCAGCUCUCGAGCUCUUACUGGGGCAAAGAUUGGGCAGUGAAGCAGAACGGAGUAAGAGGCUUCUUAGAACAAGGACCCUUGCCAUCAGAGUAUCAGCACUUGAUGUGAAGACACCAGAGGAGCUCUUUGUGGAGAAUGGGACAGAAGCAAGACUUCCAUGCACAUUUUCAUCCCGAGAUGUGAUCAGCAGCGCAGCGUCCAUCUCCUGGAGCUUCCAACCAGAGGGAGCAACAACCCCUAUAUCAGUAAGAGCCCUUUGUCUGGGUUGA